CCGUUUCUUUUCUUCUUCUUCUUCAUAUUCCUGUUCGUCCUCACAUUUCCCGUAAAUAAUUACUAGUAUUUAUUUAUCAUCCAUUUUCUUUUUCAUGUAUAUUCCUGAUCCCAUCUAUUUCUCCAUCUCUUCUUUCUCCAAUAAAUGAUAAAACCAUUCUGAUUCCAUUCCCCCAUCGGUUACUCUCAUCCUUUUCUCUUCAUCUCCGCUCUCCCUUUCCUCAUUUAUUUUACAGCAUAUAUUUCUCUAGUUCCAGAACGCCCUUUUCUCUGUGGUUUUGUCUUGGGGAUUGAUUUUGAGUGGGAUUGAAUUCCUUGUUGGCUCUCCCCAAAGGUGACUUCCAGGUAGAUUAUUGCUGGUCAUCAUAAAUUUUGUUUAGUCGAAAGAGCAUCCUGGUGAAUUACUUGUUGGUCCUAAAAAAUGUUUGAAGAAAAUAAUGGUAACUCAUCACUACCAGUUUUUAUUGAUGAGAGUCGUGUUCAGUUCCCUGCUACUGCAGCAAAUCAGCUACAGCUAUUUGGAAACUUGUCCUAUGGAUUUAAUGCUGAUCCAGUAAAUUAUUUUGGAAAUGAGCAUAAUGCUACCCUUCUUCGGCCUAAUAAACGAAGCCGGGAAGCAGAAGCAAUUGCAAGUCAGCAGAAGCUUCACAUUUCUUUGAAUAACAACAUUUAUCAUGAUGAAGUGGAUCGAAAGGCACGCAUUCCUAACCAGAAUCCUGUAUCAACUGGUUUAAGGUUAUCAUAUGAUGAUGAAGAACGUAAUUCUUCUGUAACCUCAGCAAGUGGAAGUAUGACAGCAGCAUCAUCAAUUAUCUGGUCAGCUGGUGACAGUAUCAGAACUGAACUUGACCGGCAGAAAGAAGAACUUGAUCAGUAUAUUAAAGCUCAGGUAUUAUUGGACUCCUCCUCUGCACAGGCAACUGUCUGUUUCAGUUAAUGAAAUAGGUUAAAAUGCUUAGGCUUUUGCUAUUCCCCUAUGCUGGAUAGUUUAAUGACCUUAUAUUCUCGCUUUUACAUUGAAUUUCUCAGCAUCAUUGUUUGGCUACUCGGUCUACAUUUCACUUUUCUUACAUUUUGGUUUUUUAAAUUUUGAUGGACUCCACCACUUUCAACUGAAAGUUUACUUGAUCCAGUCCUAGUUUUGUAGCCAGCAUGUGUUGUUUCUGUAUAAUCAUUCUGUCCAGAAUGCGGGAAUCAUCUUGGUGAAUUACAUAUGGAUUCUGAAUACUUUAUCAUAUCUAGUUUUGACAGGGGCAGAGAGGGAUAGCUAUUAUUGGAGACAAAAUUUAGUUAAUCCAUAUUUUGAGCAUCCCAGGUUGUAGUAAGUGAAGAACCAUAAAUGACCAUGGCAGUUUGUGA